GGAGGGAUAUACGUCAAGGCUGGGCAACACCUGGCGGCGCAGCCGAUCGCGCCGAAACCUUUUCAAAUCGUGCUGCGAGCGCUGAUGGACGACGCGGCGCGACGGCCGUUUGAGGAGGAUCGAAAGACGUUCGCGGAGGAAACCGGGUUGGAAAUCGAAGAGGCGUUCGCGGAGUUCGACGAGACGCCGGUGGCGUCGGCGUCGUUGGCGCAGGUGUAUCGAGCGAAAACGUUCGGGGGGGAAGAUGUCGCGGUGAAGAUUCAGCAGCGACCGGUGGCGAGGUUCCUGGAGAGCGAUCUUUUUACGAUAGAAGGGUAUUACUCGCUCAUGGAAUGGCUCGUGCCGUCGUUGCGAUUUGGGUGGCUGGCAAAGGAGACGCGAAGGCACAUGGGAGAGGAGAUGGAUUUUACUCGCGAGGCAGCGAACGCGCUCAAGGCGAGCAAGAUGCUCGCGGAUGAGUUCGACGAGAGUGAGUUGAAGAUACCGCGCGUGCACAGACAUUUGAGCGGUAAGCGAGUGCUCACGAUGGAGUUUGUGCCCGGGGUGAGAAUAGACGACGUCGAGGCGCUCAAAGGCAAGGGGAUCGAUUUAGCCGACGUCGCGGCGAGAAUACAGAAAAUAUUCGCGCAAAUGACUUUUGUGCACGGAUUCGUGCACGCUGAUCCGCACCCGGGGAACAUCUUGAUUACAGAUAAGGGAGGCAUUGUGCUGCUUGAUCACGGCGUGUAUCGCACGCUCGACGACGAUUUGCGAAAGAAGUGGGCAAAUGUAUGGCUCUCUAUCAUUAGAUCGGACGAUAACGCUUUGCGCGAAGCGACUGGAUCACUUGGGAUAGAUCCCGACAUGUCGCAGUUCUUCAAGCUCAUUCUCGCCGUCGUUCCGACGCGCGUCGUUGAGGAGCCUCUCGCGGGGUCGAUCAAGCGAAACGACGAUUCUUCCUCUGACUCUUUCACCGUGGCGGAAAAGCGCUCGGUCAUGAAGCAAAUCAUGGGGGUAAAAUUAGAGGAUCAAACAAAGCUUUUUGAGACCUUGCCUCGCGAUCUUUUGCUCGUGCUCAAGGCGAAUAAUUUGUUGCGAUACGUCAACGAGCAGUUGGGCUCGCCCGUCAAUCGUUACAAGAUCAUUUGGAAGAGCGCGAGCGAGGGGUUGGCGAAA